GGGCAGCACGUGGGCUGCGGGCUGGGUCGCUCACUGCAGGGUCUGAGCAACAGCUUUCGGGAGGGCAUGACUGCAGGUGCCCACUGUGGCCUCGCCCUGCCCCGUGGAGCUGGGCGGUUGCCCGGGGGGCGCCGGGGGAGACCGGGAUCUGCGGCUGGCGAGCUCUCUGCAACUAGCUCUGUGUAUUAGUGUGUAUGAGCAGAAAGAGACUUAAGAGAAGUGGACUCCAGCGAUUCUAAGUCAUUGAGGUGGGCUUCUGCACAAUUCACUGCAUCCACCCAGGAGCUGAAGCAUCUUCCUUAGGUUGCAGAGUGCAUUUAAGGAGAAGAUGACCUUUCAAUUUAACUUCACAAUACCAGACCUUGUGGAAGCUGAGUUGACACCCGUUGGGGGUGGACCUCUGACCCAGGAUUCCUCAAAAGACUCCUCCGUCUCAGGAAGUCAAAAGGAUCAACGGAGAGACAGAAAGUGUUCACCUGCAUUGCUGAGUGAUGCACCAUCAUCCCAAGAGACUGCAUAUACCUGCAGCGCAGCUAAAAGUCCCAGUCACGGGGAGCCACGUGAAGAACAGACCAGCUUGAGAGUUGCCAAAGAGCACCCGAUGCCUAGUGACCUCAAGAAAGUGCUGGAGAAUAGAGUCCUGGAAACGGUCCCCGGCCUGGAGGACAUUGGUCUGUCCCUGGUGAAAACCGCCUUGUUGACAGAGAACUUCCCAGGAGAAAACAUCAUCUCACGAACUUUUUCCGCUCACUCCGAUCUGAUUCCCGGGGUGUACGAAGGAGGAUUGAAAAUCUGGGAGUGCACCUUUGACCUCCUAGCUUAUUGUACUGAGUCCGCCGUGCAGUUUGCCGGGAAAAAGGUGUUGGAUCUGGGCUGUGGGUCUGGCUUGCUGGGUCUAAUCGCGCUCCGGAGGGGCGCCCAGGAAAUUCAUUUUCAGGAUUACAACAGCACGGUGAUCCAAGAAGUCACCAUACCUAAUGUAGCAGCCAACGCCGCUCUGGAAGACACAGACGAGGACCCAGUGCUAAGAUGCAGGGGUUCAAACGGAGCCCCCAAGCCAGGUCGCUGCCGGUUCUUCUCCGGAGAAUGGUCUGAGUUCUGCAAGGUUGUCCUAGACGGUGCAGAGCCCUUCGAAAAGUACGAUCUCAUUCUGACUUCCGAAACCAUUUACAACCCGGAUUACUACCAGGCUUUGCACCAGACGCUGCAGAAACUGCUGGCCAGGGGGGGCCGUGUGCUCCUGGCCAGCAAGGCACAUUAUUUUGGCGUCGGUGGUGGUGUCCAUCUGUUUGAGAAGUUUGUGGAGGAACGGGACGUGUUCGAGACGAGGACACUCAAGAUCGUAAACGAAGGACUACAGAGACUUAUCCUUGAAAUGACAUUCAAGGGCCACUGAGUGGCACGCAGGAAAUAAAUAAGCCAACUAAC